AUGAAGAUUCUCUCAUUCUGCCACAGCUCCAGAGACUGCUUCCCUCUCCCUGGGUUUAUUAUUUUCUUUUUUAUUUGGUAUGUUCACAGGAUGGAAUCAGCAAAGUUCACAGUGAUUGGACCCUCUGACCCUGUCACUGCCAUCCUGGGUCAAGAAACUGUGUUACCCUGUCACCUGUCCCCCAGCAUUAGCGCUGCAAACAUGGAGGUGAGAUGGUUCCGAUCUGAGUUUGCAUCCUUUGUGCACCUGUAUCGUGAUGGGAAGGAUUGGUUUGAUGGGCAGAGGCCAGAGUAUCAGGGAAGGACAGAGCUUUUGCAAGCCGGACUCACAGAUGGGAUUGUCCACCUAAGGAUUCUCGAUAUCAGACGUGCUGAUGAAGGACAAUACUUCUGCUAUGUUCAAGAUGGUACUUUUUAUGAAGAAACUGUAUUGGAACUGCAGGUAGCAGAUUCCUUUUUCCCAAGGGUGAAUCCCUGGAUGGUGGCGCUGAGUGUGAUCCUGGUGGUUUUGUUUGGUUUCAUUGGCCUCACUGUUUAUCUGUUUAAAAUGAAAGGGAAACUUAAUGAAGAAAUUGGCAAACGAGAUAUAGAAGUUGGCAAACGAGAUAUAGAAAUUGAGAAACGAGAUAACGAGAUAAGGUGGAGAAGAUCUGUGGCACCUAUAGAAGAAGGUAAUGAAAGAUCAUAUUUUAUCAAUGUCCAAAUAUUCGUUCCGAUGAGGCAAUGUGCCUCUUUUCCUUUGUAUAUGGGAGUGGAGGUGAUAGUUCAGAGCAGACCUCCCUAG